CCAGGUGCCACGCGUGGAAGUCUUCAUCUCUUUGAUUUGGGAGCCGCCCCUGGACUCGGCAGCGAAACUCCAGAGUAUUCGGGAGGAGCUGGGAGUCAUUGAUCUGAUGGUUUUACCUCGAAGUCCCCAGCCAGACCGUGUGUGGCGUCACCUCGAGAGGCUGAAGGCCAAAGGUUUGCUGAAAGCUCUCGGGGUGAAAGACUUCAAAGCUGAAGAGGUUGAGUUUUUGCCUCACGGUGGUGCAGCAGUGGAAUAUGCCCUGUGUGCCUUCACUCCUUAUCGUCAUGGUCCAAGUCGCAGUACCUGGAGGCGUUUCGGUGAGCGAUCAAUUGCCUUGGCGGCCACGGGGUUGUUGAGCGACUGGCCUCGGCCCCUCCGACCCAGGGAGGAUCCGCAUGUCCUGGCCGUUGCCAGACGUGUUGGAAAGACCGGCGCGCAGGUGUUGCUUCGCUGGGCACUCCAACUGGGCUUGGCGGUAACCUUCCAUACAGAGAGGCCGCGGCACGUGGCCGAGAACCUGGGUGCCUUGGAUGGCGCCGACCUCUCCACCACGGAGCUGCAACUGCUCAGUGCUCUGGCCACGCUGGCGGAGCCCUUGCCUCCCGGGGAUGGCUUCGCUCACCCAUACGAGAAGAUGCCCAUUGCACCAAGACUUGGAGAGCUUUAGCCGUGAGGAAAA